AUGCAGAAAACUUCUACAUUCUAUCAAUGUAAGGUUGAUAACAAUCUGUUCUUUUAUUCAUACACUGAUGGUAAAGUCCCAACACUCAAUUUGUAUCGUAUACAUGAUAUAAAUACUGAAGAUGAAGUAAAUUUGACUUUUUUAAAGAGCUGCAAUAUAGAUGAUAAAGUAUAUAGAAACUAUCGAUAUGAUUUGAACGAACAGAUAACUCUUAAAAAAACGAGUCCCAAUCAAAAUUUUAGUUGGAGUCCAAAUAAUUAUACUGGAAUAUUCUCAUACGGAAUAAAUGAUACUGUACAGCUUAUAAACUGUUCCAAUGAUAAUAUAGUCGUGUUGGAUAACCUACAAAAUGAAAAAUGUUGUUGUCUAUCAUUAGAUUGGAAUCCAACUGAGAUUAAUAGUCAUCUUGCUAUAUUCUGUAAUAGCUCACUGAAUAACCCAGAUAAUAAUGGUCUAGUUGUAAUUUAUGAUGUACAAGAGAAACAGAAAAUACAGAAAAUUUAUAGUUCAAAUAAUACAUCUUAUUCCAAUGGAAUGGAGGGGAUACCAAAGUCUGCUUCUUGGCUUAAUUCAACAUGUUUUAUUUCUGGGUGGCAAAUUUUAGACUCAGCAAACUCAUUGAUGAUAUAUGACAUUAGAACAACCAACUCAUAUACAUCAUUUUCUAAUAUAAUUGAAACAAACUGUAUAGACUAUAUUUCCGUGAAUCCAUUGGACUCUAACUAUAUACUAGCAAGUGAUAAUACACAUUUAGUUGAAGUAUACGAUAUUCGCUCUAUUAAAAAGAAUCGGAAGUUUUCAAACAGAUUAGAGGGUCACAAAAUAAAUAAAGCAUCUUAUGCUAGUAUGAUUAUUAAAAGUGGUCUGAUGAAUUCUUUGGAAUGGUUUCCUUAUAAACAACUUACCCUAUCUCUUUUGACAGGUAGUGACAUGUAUAUAAUUAGCACUUCAAAGGCUUCUUUUAGCGCAGCUCCAAAUUUCAAUUUUGAUAACUUGAAUUAUAGAAAUAAUUUCGAUAUAAUUACUGAUAAAGAUUCUAUUUCUGGUUUUUUUUUUAUAGGAAAAAGGCCUAUUUCUGUAGAUAAAUUUUGUUGGCUUCAAAAACCAACAAAAAAGUCUAUAAAAUCUGCUAGGUUAAAAACCUACGAUUCAUUACUCCCAAGCUUAGCAGUUGUUAAAGAUAAGAAGUGCUCAGUAAUUCCGAAUUUUUUUUCUCUAAUUAAUGUUUUAGGAUCUGAUAUUCAACUAAAUUACUCUGCGUCCCUAUUAAAUAAUAGAGAAGCAUGCUACAAAAAGACGCAAGUUCAAAUUAAUAAAAUAUUUACCUUUGGGUUUGGACUGAUUACUCAGAGGUUGAAAAAAUCAUAUGGUCUAAGUACUAUCUUAAAUGAUACUAGUAGACUGAAUUCCAUUUUGUCACAUUGGUCAAAUAUCUUAGACUUGGAAGCUAAAAAAAUUAUUCUUAGUUUUGAAUCAUCUAAUGGCAAGUCUCUUUAUUUAAAUGGUAUAUUCCCAAUUUUGAUUGAAAAUAUAUGGGAUGCCAUUAAUAUUAUGAGAUCAGCUUCUCAUCUACAAAAAUAUCUCGAUAUGAUACCAUUGCAAAUAACUGCCUCCAUGAAAGCAAUGGGAAAUAUAAAAUAUUCAAAUGUAGAAGAUAAAUUUUGUCCUAUCUUAGCACCUUUAAUUAGUCCUCAUAAUAGUGGUCUAGUGUGUUGGCCUAGUAUUAGAGAUGAAAUUAUUAAGUUGAAUCAGGAAAACAUAAAUAAAGAGGAAUAUUGUGAGAUGAGGAAUUUGACUAUUGAAAUAUAUUCAUCAAGAGAACGUGAACAACUAAUUAUACUUUGUGGAUUUAAGGGAUCUGAUGAUAUUUCACUAGAUUCUAUAGAUUUGGAUGCUGAAAUAGCAAUGCAAAAUAGUUAUAUUCUUUCAAUAUUUUGGAAAUGUAUUACCCUGCAGUACCAACACUUUUUACACUUUCCAGUCCUUCUAUCAAAGAUUUUAAACAGAAAUAACAUGCAGGAAUUUGGCAAUGUAAAAUCAUCAUUCAUAUAUGACAUUAAUGUCUUAUUUACAUCAGCUGGUUUUAUAUUAUCUGAGGUACAUAGACCCAAUAAAGAAACAAAUUACGUGGAUUCUGAUGAAAUUAAAAAAAGAAUUGCUUUUUUUUGUUCGAGUAUUUUAUCAACAAGUGAAAAAUUACUAAAUGAUGGCAUGUACAAGCAGAUAUGGAGUACGGAUUCACAUAUUCAAGCAAUUUUAACUUUUACAAUAAACUUUCUAGUUGUUUUAGUAAAAUAUCUUGACAAUUGUAAGCUGUAUGAAUCAACUGACUUCCCUUCAUUUGCAAACUACCUUAUGGAAAAUCUACUUCUCCCUAAUGUAAAUCUACCUAUACCAUACUAUACUCCUUCAUAUUGUUUAGUAGCCGUUGGGUUAUAUUACUUACCAAUAGGAUUACUGUUAAGUCUUGUUAACCAAAUUGCUCAGGUAUCGGCUUCAAAAGGUUUUCUAGAUGGUAUAAUAAUAACAGGAGUAUCUACAUCAUUAACUUUAAACUUGGAGAUUUGCGCUGAUAUGGACAGUGGAAAAUCUAAGACAUUUUUUGAAAGAAAAUAUGAAAAUGCUGCAAACUUAUAUCAUCCAGCUGAGUAUGAAAGGCAUCACAUAUUUAGAGAUUCACCCAAUCCUUCGGAAAUUAAAUCUGAGUCUAGCGAAAGUAGACUAUGUUUCCAUUCCAGAAGAAUUAACGGUAAUGGAAACUCGGAUUUCCAAAUUGGAAACUUGCAAGUUAGUAAUUUCUCAGCAGAAUUCACUGAAAUGAUUUUACGAAGAUAUCUAUAUCUAACAGGUGGAGAUAUCCAAACAAUCUCAUUAAUUGGAGUACAUUUAAUUCACUUUAUAGAUAAAUCUAGCACUAAAUCAUAUAUACGUCGGAUUGCUAAUAUAUUCUCCUGCUACAAUAAAUACAACAAUCUCCUACAAAACAAUGGGAUAAUAAGCAAUAUAUUGUGUAAUAUUGGAAUAAGUUCUAGUGGCUACAAAAAUAGAACUAUCCUAAUUAAAAAUGAAGCAAUAACUCAGGCAAUUUCAAUAUUAAAUAUACUAAGUAUCAAUUAUAUAUCGAGGUUCAGCAUAUACUGUAACAAAGUAAAUGUUCCUACAGGAAAUAUAUUAUUUUGUUAUUAUUGUGGAAAUUCAUUAAUUGGAACUAAUCCCGAUUUAGGCAAAAAUAAGAUAUCUAAUCAAGUGACAGUGACAUUAAGUGACCAUUCCGAUAUUGAUGAUAACAUCCAAAGUAAAAAAUAUACGCAAGACACCAUAAUAAACAGAGCUAAUAGGAAUAACGUAGUUGUCUGCAACAACAUUAGAUCUACUAUUUCUAAGCGUAAAUUAAUAGAUGACAGUUUGAAUGCUGGUAAUACUACACAAAGUACCUCAAAUUUAUCAUUAUGUGACUACACUAGUAAUAUUAGUACACCUGUUGGAAAUUUCCCACUAAGUAUUACCUGUCCAAACAAGUCUUGUGGUAAACCCUUACCAAGAUGUGUUAUUUGUCUAACUGAAAUUUCACUUAGUAGUAGUUUCUCCAUUGAUGCUACAUGCAAUAGUGAACUCAAAUCAGUUCCAUCACCUUUCAAUGAGUGGUAUACAUGGUGUUUGCACUGUCAUCAUGGUGGAUGCUUCAAACAUAUAAAUGAGUGGUUUGAAUAUUUUGAUGAAUGCCCUGUUUCAGAGUGUCAUUGUUGGUGCACAGCAAUUGAUUCCUGGAGUCGCACUUGA